UCACUUUUACAGGGUCUUAAUGCACAAACGGGUCUUUGUAAUUAUAUACUUGCCCAUGCAGUUUACCUAUUCUCACUUGACAAUGAUUCUCUUUCACUUCCAGAAAGUACGAUAAGCAGAUCAUCGAUAUCAUCAUGUAGCGGUGGUACCUUGUCACCGGAUUUGGAUUGUCGUCGUUUUAUCGAUGUCAAUGGUGGACCUUCGACACUGCCAACAUUUCAUACUGUUAUCGAAAGACCACGACACAGAGAAACAAGUGCGCAUCCUGGUGGCAAAUGGCGACGCAUGUUGCGUGGUCCAUCGAUGGAUAAUGCAUUUGCAAGCUUACGUACACGAUGGAAAAGACAUGGUGAAGCGUGUUUGGACAACGAUAAUUCGGCUAACAAUGUGAAAUGGCGAAGGAGUUCAUCAAAUGUUCGAGCAUCAUUGCGUGCUGCACGCAGUGCAUCAUUAAUUUCAUUCGUUACAAAAAGUGUUGAGGAAUUCCGUAAUGGUGUUUUACGAAGUUGGCGACAUUGUGCUCCAACAUUACGUGAUGAUUCCAUAACAAAUAGUGCAGGCGAUGAACGACAUUCGACAGCAACAGCGGUUGCAACAGAACUUGUAAGACGUCGAGGCUUGGCAAGUUUUCUGGCUAACGAUCAACAACCAUCGACAUCAACAGAUACUAAAUUAGAAUCAAGUGUGAAAGGCAGUAUUCCGGAAGCAUUUUCGUUAGAUACCAGUGAUUCUGGUAAUAGCCGACCGCCUUCAAUUGCUCGAAAUGACUGUAUCGAUGAUGGCGUAAGUUUGUCAUCUGAUAGCUAUCGCUUUUUUGGCUUCUAUGAAGAUGAACAGCAACCAGAGGAAGGAGCAAAUUUAGAAGAUAUGAAGCAAAGAUGGACGAAACGAAAUAGUGCAAAUGUUGAAUUAGAACAUGGCUUACAUAUAGCUUUCAAUACGAAUGGAACAAGAAGCAAAAAAAAAUCAUCAAAAAAUGGAAUUAGAAAUAAUUCACGAUCAUCUUCAACCGAUGAAUGGUCUGAUGUGAUCAGAAGAAGUAGCUGUAGCAAUAGCAAUGGUGGUAGUAAUAGUAGUAGUAGUAGUAGUAGCACUUGCUCACUACAUAAUGAUUGUAGCCGAUAUGAUAAUGUUCCGAUAGGUGAGAAUGCUGAUGGAGGAGGACGCUAUGUCGAAACACCGUUAUCAUUUUAUGAUCUACCACAAAAUAAUGUCAAACCUGUUCGAUCAAAUGUUCAAUUAUACUUUCUAUAA